AUGUCGCUCUGCGCGCUUUUCUCCCCAUGUCGCUCUGCGCGCUUUUCUCCCCAUGUCGCUCUGCGCGCUUUUCUCCCCAUGUCGCUCUGCGCUUUUCUCCCCAUCUCGCUCUUGCUUUCUCCCCAUCUCGCUCUCUUGGCGCUUUUCUCCCAUCUCGCUCUCGCCGCUUUUCUCCCCAUCUCGCUCUCUCUUUUCUCCCAUCUCGCUCUUUUUUUUCUCCCAUCUCGCUCUGGCGCGCUUUUCUCCCCAUCUCGCUCUGCGCGCUUUUCUCCCCAUCUCGCUCUGCGCGCUUUUCUCCCCAUCUCGCUCUGCGCGCUUUUCUCCCAUCUCGCUCUCGCUCCCCUGCUCUCGCUUUUCUCCCAUCUCCCCAUCUGCUCUUUCUCCCCAUCUCGCUCUGCAGCUUUUCUCCCAUCUCGCUCUGUUUCUCCCAUCUGCUCUUUCUCCCCAUCUCGCUUUUUCUCCCCAUCUCGCUCUGGCAUCUCUUUUUCAUCCCCAUCUCGCUUUUUUCCCCCAUCUCCCAUGCCGCUUUUUCCCCCAUCUUUUUCCCCAUCUCGCUCUGCGCCUUUUCUCCCAUCUCGCUCUCGCUUUUCCCCAUCUCGCUUCUGGGCGCCGCUUUUUCCCCAUCUCGCGCUCUCCCCAUCUCGCUUUUCUCCCCAUCUCGCUCUGCGCGCUUUUCUCCCCAUCUCGCUCUGCGCGCUUUUCUCCCCAUCUCUACCUAGUUUCUUUUCUCUUUUCAAUUUCUUUUUAAUUUGA